AAAAUGGUGGACCCUUAGAUGCGAUACCGUCGUCAUAAAUACCUACACAAAGCCAUGUUUCCAGAUACAGAUAAAGACCUCCGAUCCACACGCCCGUUUAAUUUGAGUCCUAGAGGACAUGGUUGAGAAGCUCGCAUUGACUCCAUUACCACACACCAACGAUUUUUUGAAAUGAAAGAGGAUGGGCUCCAAGCCCAGCUACUGGUAUGACUCUCGAUCGCGACAGCUGAAGGGCACGAGAAACAGAAAGAAUCUAUGCUAACUAAGAUUGCAGGAGGAUUACAGAUGCGUAGACUCCUCAACUGUCCUCGCGAUUGCCUCUGAUUUCGAUCUCUGCGACCCGGCGCAAAUGAGCAACCUGCGACAAAUCCUUGAUACCUUGAAAGAAGCAGUUCCAAUUGGCGAGGCUACUGGGUUUGAUGCCAGUGGCGCAAGCGGGUCGAAUAUUCAACCGGGAGGACUCGAAGCGGGCGGGGAGAAUGACGAUAGUAUAAGUGGAAGUGGGAAGAGUAUGCCGUGUUGGAAGAGCGAAACCGAUGACACUUCUACUGGGAUAUCGAUGUCCAUUUCGGAUCUUCAUAUUUUGGAUUCGCAUACGAAUGUGCCUUCCAGCAGGGAUGAAUCACCCGAUAAGUCAUAUACGAGUACUUUGGACGAUUUGGAUGACAAGAGUAAGGAGGCAGCCUUGUUGGGUAUCUUUCCGAUUUUGAAGGAAUUUGAUAUUGUGUGGGCUUUGAAGAAAUACAAGGGCGAUGCGAGUCAAGCUAUUGAUGAAUUAAUGACGCAGUCUUUUCUUGAGGAAAAUGGCAGCAGGCAUAAAGGUAUCGAAGCAUUUUCGGAAGGCGAGAUUGCGCCUCAAGCUCUGAAAAGCAAACGACAAAAGAAAAGAAAGAAGCGUCGAGCAGCGACUGAAGAUACGGGUAGUCAGGAAAAGGAGGGAACCGCUGUAAGCAAGUGGGAGACAGCGAAGCAAGAUAUCGACUUUAUCGCCUCGAAAACAGGAAUGCCGGAGCAGCAAGUCAGUUCAUUAUAUCAUAAACACGGGGGUUCAGCCAAGGCAUCGAUCUCUGCUAUCAUAGAGGCUUAUAGGGACAUAUAUGCAGAGAUGGAUGAUCCUGGUGUUCACGUCGAAGCAUACAAUCUCAAAAGAGAUUUCCCAUCGGCGAAUCUCUCGGAUUUGGAAAUACUCAUACACCUUACGAGUCCCUCUCUUCCAAAUGCCCAUGCCUUAGCCCGUCGACUCGCCACAUCCUCUCCAACAGGCAAAUCCAAAAUUCAACUGGAGUUCCGACACGCACCCAUCGAUCUCCACGAAACAGCAUCUUCAACAUCAUCAACCUCCGCUAUCGUACCCCUCUCUCCUCUAGCCGAUCCCUCCGCUGCUGCAAGCUCCUACACCGCAACUCGAAACGAAUACUUCAACCGCGCAGCAGCCUACUACCGAAAAGGCAAAUCCGACCCCCUAAUGGGCGGCGCAGCCGCCUACUACGCCACCGAGGGACGUUCUUACAAUGUCCUCGCCAAACAAGCGACUAGUGCUGCAGCCGAUAUCCUCGUCAAUCAACAGAGUUCUGGGGAUCAGCUGGAUUUGCAUGGGGUUAGUGUUAAGGAUGCGUUGAGGAUUACGAGGGAGCGGGUCACGGGUUGGUGGGUUUCGAGGCAGAAUCGGGAGAAUAAGGGGAUUGGGGGUGGGUAUAGGAUUGUUACGGGGGUNAUAGUGAAGGGGGACGGGGGAAGUUGGGCCCCGCGGUGGGGAAGAUGUUGA